AUGCCUCGACUCUUGCUGCUGCUGCUGAUCGGGACAUGGACAAGUUCUGCAAUGAUCAGAAUUCCCUUGAAGCAGAUGCUCUCAAUUCGUACAAAUCUUCGAGCUAGUGGUCUGUUGGAGGACUUUCUGAAGGAUCACCAUCCUGAUGCCUUCAGCCGGCGCUAUGUUCAGUGCUUCCCUCCUGGCACACCCUCAAUGCAACUGGACCGCUCCCAAGAAAGAAUUCACAAUUUUAUGGAUACUCAGUUCUAUGGAGAGAUAAGUUUGGGGACUCCGGCACAAAACUUUUCUGUCAUUUUUGACACCGGCUCUGCAGACCUGUGGGUGCCUUCUUCUUACUGUGUCAGCCAAGCCUGUGUCACACACAGACAUUUCAAGGCAUUUGAGUCUAGUUCUUUUCAGCAUGACGGCAGGUCAUUUGGGAUUCACUAUGGUUCAGGGCAACUUCUUGGUGUCACGGCGAAAGAGACUCUCACGAUUGGAAAUAUGACCAUAGAAAAUCAAGAGUUUGGAGAAUCGGUGUAUGAACCUGGCUCUACAUUUGCUUUUGCAAAGUUUGAUGGGGUCUUGGGAUUGGGCUACCCUGCUUUGGCAGAGGUCAGCGGGAAAACAGUUUUUGACAACAUUAUAGCUCAAAAAAAAGUUGACCAGGCAGUAUUUUCUUUCUACCUCACCAGAAGCAAGGCAGAUGGCAGCAGCUCCGAGGGCGAGCUUCUUAUUGGAGGAACAGACAAAGAGUUCUAUUCUGGAGAGAUCCAUUGGAUCCCUGUGACAGAUCAGGGCUACUGGCAGAUCCAAAUUGACAGUGUUGCAGUGCAGGGCGCAACCUCUUUCUGCCUGAAAGGAUGUCAAGGUAUAGUUGACACAGGGACAUCUCUACUUGGUGGACCGCUCACUGAGAUCCUCACUAUACAACAGUUCAUUGGAGCUACACCAAGCAGCACUGGAGAAUUUGUCUUGGAUUGUGCAAGACUGUCCAGUUUGCCUCAAGUCACCUUUGUGCUGGGAGGAAAAGAAUACACAUUGACUCCUCAGCAAUAUGUCCGGAAGGAGACGCAGAGAGGACAUGAGCUCUGUCCCCUGUUGAUCCCGGUCAUAUGA